AUUCACUUUAGACCAAGUCAACCGCUGGUAGAGCUUCUAGCCCCGCAUCAGCAUCGAAUAAAUCAAUUAACGCUAAUGGCGAGAAUCGUAGCGGCAAAAACAGUCCUUCACCAGCAUCAAAUUCCCCAACUACGUCAUCUAAUUCAGUACCGUAUAAUUGGAAAGUUGUUGGAAGUCCGCCUACAAACUAUAUUCGGCCCGGCCCAGACGAAAUUCAAGCUUAUGUUGAAGGUAUACCAAGUGGAAAUGGUGAAGGAAAUAGCGCGAAUGGUGGUAAAUGGAGUGCUUUAGGAGGAUUACAGUGGAGCAGUGCUACAUCCAUUUGGAAUGAAAAGAACCAACAACAAGUUCCUAAUUCAGGAUCUAAAGCUGUACCUCGAGCAUCUCCUACUCCUCCUCCUGUUUCAAAAAAUGAUGAUAAUAAUUCAUCAUAUGAACGAGAGAUGAGUUCACCCCCUGGUAUCACUGGAAAAUUGCCUGUACCAGUCCCUCCUCACCCGCAAUAUCGUCAACACAGAAGUCUUUCUUUUUCAGUCGGGCAACAUGAUACUGAUUUGUUUGGUUAUGCUCCAACCUCUGCGUCUCGUCGUGAUAGUGAAGGUGGUUUACGGUUUGCAUAUCGUCAUUCACUCCCUGUUAUGGAGGAAGAAACCGAUGAUAUAUCACAAUUCAAUAUGAAAUUUCGUGUAAGGUCAAAGUCUUCGGCCGCGGCAUUUAUAUCGGGCAAUCAUGAUCUUUCUCAGGACGAAAUUAAUGAUUAUCGCCGUGAUUCUGAGCAGUAUUCAGAAUCUGGGUCAAUUUGGAAUAAUCAAGGAUCACAGAGUGAUGGUCCAAUUCUUCAUCACAGACGUUCUGUUCCUGGUACCUCUGAUUAUGGUAUGUGGGAUAGCUUAAAUGCACCAAGACAGCCUGCACCACCUUCUUCUUACUUAGCAGUCAUGGCUGGUGAAAAAAUGAGACAACGCCGAUUUUCACUUUCACAGGUUCCUACGUAUGGAAACGAAUAUCAGUAUAUUAAUGACAAUCAAGAUUUGCGAAUGCUUAAUCAUCGAACCGCGAUCGAUCCAACAUAUGCGCACCUUGUGCAAAGACGACAUUCGGUUGCGGGACCUGCAAUUUCAUUUUCAACAAAUCAACAAUCGAGAUAUAUAUCUGAUGCUUUGGAAUCUCUCCAUUUAACUAAUGUACCACAAGCAUCAUAUACCAAUGAUACGGGGUAUGCAAGUAUUCCAGAGGACAUUGAUGAUUAUUUUGAUAACGAUGAACAUCGUACCAGAGCAUGGAAUGAACUUGGAAAAGGUCUUCCACUACAUGCUGUUCCAACACAUGGUCCGCUAUUUCUCGUAGAAUUCAAAGCGGGUCGUACAGAUUUGUUUUAUGUAGCGGAAAACAGUGAUGUUAUGGUGAAAAAGGGUGAUCUUGUUAUUGUUGAGGCGGAUCGUGGUAAAGAUUUGGGAAAAGUUACUAAUGAUUCGAUCAUGCCUCAUCAAGUUCAAUUAUUACAACAACAACAAGCUGACGCCAUGAAUGAUGGACACCGUAUGAGUAAAGAAAUUCAUCCGAAACGUAUUUAUCGGUUGGCCCAGCCAGCAGAAAUCACAAUGUUAGUAACUAAAAGUCAAGAUGAAGCAAAAGCUAUGUUAGUAUGUCAGACAAAAGUUCGUCAAAAGAAAUUACCAAUGGAAGUUGUGGAUGCUGAAUAUCAGUGGGAUCGACGCAAACUUACUUUUUAUUUUAUUGCUGAGCGUCGUAUUGAUUUCCGUGAAUUGGUCCGUGACCUAUUCAAAAUUUACAAAACACGUAUCUGGAUGUGUGCUGUUAAUCCCAUGAUAAAUAAGCCUAAGAAAUGAACCUUUAUGAAGAAAGUUAAGUGCGGUUGCAAAGUAUUUUUUUUUUUUUUUUUUAAAAAAAAAAAAAAAAAAAAA